AUAAGGCCCCCACGGUCUUUGAACUUCUGUGGUUGAGACAUUUUUCGCAGGGGACAUUGUGCUGACUGCCUCUUGUGACAAGUUUUGUGUUUAAGCUGUGAAGGGAAGUGAUUAUUUACAUCUAUGAAAUAAUGGCUGUUAACAUGCCUAAAGAUAAGUACAAUGCUGUCUGGCUGAUUUUCUUCAUGUUGGGGAUCGGCACUUUACUGCCAUGGAACUUCUUCAUGACUGCAACCAUGUAUUUUACUGGUCGCCUGAAGGAACCUGCCACUUUUGACAUGGAAAACCCUUUGGUGAAUGGAACUGGGAGCAAUUUCGACACUCGCAGUGUUUUGGAAGCAAAGUUUAAUAAUGUGAUGACCCUGUGCUCUAUGGUGCCAUUGCUAGUGUUCACCUGCCUCAACUCAUUCCUGCAUAGCUUGAUCCCACAAAUGUUUCGUGUCAUGGGCAGCCUAACAGUGAUCUUGGUUGUAUUUUUAAUAACGGCCAUACUUGUGAAAGUUGAAAUUGCACCCCUCUCCUUUUUCUCCUUGACCAUGAUUAAGAUUGGCAUCAUAAACUCGUUUGGAGCCAUCCUACAAGGCAGUCUCUUUGGCAUGGCCGGUUUACUGCCUGCUUCCUACACUACACCCAUCAUGAGUGGACAGGGACUUGCAGGCACAUUUGCAGCCUUCUCUAUGAUAUGUGCCAUAGCAAGUGGCUCUGAAAUGCAGGAUGCCGCUUUUGGAUACUUCAUAACCGCCUGUGCUGUCAUUUCUUUGUCCAUUCUAUCCUACGUUGCCCUGCCAAAAAUGGAGUUCUUUCAAUACUACCAGGAAAGCAACAGUGACAGCCUGCCUAGAGAUAUAGAAAUUGAUUUGAUCAAGAAGGAGAAUACUGGUGACUCAAGACCAGUGGAGCAGAAUGCAAAACCAAAAGUUUCUAUCACUGCCAUUUUCAAAAAGAUCUGGGUAUUGGCUCUUGCUGUGUGCUUUGCCUUCACCAUAACCAUUGGCACAUUCCCUGCAGUCACUGCUGAUGUGAAGUCAUCCAUUGCCAACGGAGGCUCCUGGGAGAAGUAUUUUAUUCCUGUGUCAUGCUUUCUGCUCUUCAACUUGUGUGACUGGGCUGGGAGGAGUCUCACAGCAGUGUGUAUGUGGCCUGGGAAAGACAGCAUUCUGCUCCCUUUGUUCAUCGUGGCCCGGGUGGUCUUUGUGCCACUUUUCAUGCUUUGUAACGUCCAGCCACGUUAUAACUUGCCAAUUUAUUUUGAGCACGACGCCUGGUUCAUUGUCUUCAUGAUCUUCUUUGCCUUCUCCAAUGGAUACCUGGCCAGUCUUUGUAUGUGCUUUGGACCAAAGAAAGUUCCUAAUCACGAGGCAGAGACUGCAGGUGCCAUUAUGGCCUUCUUUCUUUCCUUGGGUUUGGCACUUGGAGCUGCUCUCUCCUUCCUCUUCAGAGGCCUGGUCUGAUAGUAUUCUUUAUUAAUGCUCACUGAGAGGAAUUAUGAACCCUUUUUCUUGCCGCCAAAUAGCUUCAGAUUUGAUUUCUUCUGGUAACCAUGGCAAUUUGAUGAAGGUCCAUUCUAGAAAGACUUGGAAUGCUGAGGGAAUGUACAGUUGCUUCACAUUUGUUGAUAUAUUUUCCAUCAGUCUACAUAAGAAACGGCUGUAUAUACAGUAUAUUGUGGUAACCAGGGAGCUCACUCAGGCUUUGACCUCAUAUGACAGAAUUAAACAGCACAACCAGGGAUAGUUCAGCCCUGCAUUUAUUAUGCAAAAACACAAAAACAAAGUAAAAAAAAAAAAAAAAAAAAUAUUCCUCGGUGGAGAGAAAGAUCCAUGGCCAGGCCCCGUCUCAAGCCGCGUUAGUUGUCCAAUGCAGCUCUCACCAUGGUUGCUCUAUUCCUUGCUCCCCUGUACUGGCCAGCUUUUAUGCAGCGUCUCGCCCUGAUUGGCUGACGACGUGCAGCUGUGGUCCUCAUUAGCCAGCCAGCGAAUGGGAAUAAUAUCUUCCCCGGAUCACCUUAUCCCGAGCUCCAGGGUUGCCACAACAUAAAAACAAUCAAUAGGGGUCUUUUCCUUUCUGUAAGUUAUGCUCAACAGAGAAAAAAGGUAUUUUGUAUUUGUAUGUAUUCCAUGUUUAAAUUGUAUUUAAGUUAGUGUUGGUCCGUUAUCGGCGUUAACGCGCUGCGACUAUUAUGGGCGAUAAAAAAAAUAUCGCCGUUAAUCUAUUCUCAAAAUUGGGUUGGGAGCUGGGUCUAUACUACGCAAGCUAUGAUGACUUUCACCUUGAUAUUUUAGCGCGGAUGUAUACCUAGCCGAAUUGCACUGUAGGGGGCGAGAACGAGUCUUCGAACCUGUGUGUAUGCCUUGUGUAUGAAAUUAUCACAUCAAACGUGACGUGCUAACAUGGAUGCAGCUAUGAAGCCGCCUGGUUUGCUUCAGGGAAAAUGUAUUUUUAAGAAGCUUCCCAAUGGAAACCUCGACAAGACUAAGGUUGUUUGCACCUUGUGCUAUGCGGAAUUAGUUGACUGUGGGAGUUCUUCCAGUCUCAAAUACCACCUAAACGCAAAGCAUCCCUUAGCUAAUGCGGAAGAUGCCGGGCUAAGCACUGAUGUAGCGCAGGGGAUGAGUCGUCGUCAAACUACGAUGUUUGAGUGCAACCGAGGCAAGCCCGUCAGCACAGCUCUAUCAGCCAAGCUAACUAAUCUAAUAAACAGUUAAUAAACACAAGUACAUUUUAUUGAACAUAAUUUAUUUUCAUCACCAAUUAUCAUAGUAGAACAGCUUUCUCAAGCAGUUUGUGAUGCAUUUUGGAAACAGGAGAUGAGCUCCUGGUCUAAUGCGCCUGGCUUGAGAAACCCGUUCUCAAAGACUUACUUUUAGUCAUUAUUUGGGUAGCACACAUAUUCUGAAUGCCUUCGGCGGAAUUCAAAUGAGCCAUUUUAAUCUAGAUUAAUCUAGAUUAACGCCAAUAUUACAGUGAGAUUAAUCUAGAUUAAAAAAAUUAAUCUAUGACCACCACUAAUUUAAGUGUUUUAUUGAACAUGAAACAUGUCAUCAGAUACGAUUUUUAAUCUGAGAUUUAUAUAUAUAUAUCAAAGAGAAUUUCUAUAUAUCACAGAAUUUUUGCUUGAUAAAAAGUGCACACUAAUGUAUUUACUUAGAUUACUUUGACUUUGUUGAAAGUAUCUACCCACUGUAUACUGUGGAGUCUUUUUAGAUAGUUUGUAUGCUACCUCCUCAUUUUACUCUGUUCGUAAAGUUUUGAAAGUUUGAAACUUUUUUCACUGCUUUUCCACCCUCCAAAAGAAUAAUCUAGUACAAAAUGUUUUGUUGCUGUUAAAAAUGGGUAGAAUAACACAUCUACCAUGCAACCGGAGAGUAUUCAAAGCGCUUCACAAAAAAUCACAUGUACAUAACAUGCCUUUGCCAUGACACUCAAAAUUUAGCUCAGGUGCAUCCUGUUCCCACUGAUCAUCCUUGAGAUGUUUCUACAACUUGAUUGGAGUCCACCUGUGGGAAAUUCAGUUGAUUGGACAUGAUUUGGAAAGGCACACACCUGUCAAUAUAACCUGGAGUUUGCCAAAAGGCACCUGAAGGACUCUCAGACAAUGAGAAACAAAAUUCUCUGGUGAGAUGAAUCAAAGAUUGAACUAUUUGGCCUGAAGGCUAAGCGUCAUGUCUGGAGGAAACCAGGCUCUGCUCAUCACCUGGCCAAUACCAUCCUUACAGUGAAUCAUGGUGAUGGCAGCGUCAUGCCUUGGGGAUGUUUUUCAGGGACAGGAACUGGGAGAUGUCAGGAUCGAGGGAAAGAUGAAUGCAGCAAUGUACAGAGACAUCCUUGAUGAAAACCUGCUCCAGAGCGCUCUGGACCUCAGACCAGGCGCGUAGCCAGUAUUGGGCCAGGGCGGCACUGGCCCGCCCACAUUACUCACUGGCCCACCCAGGCAAGUUUGAUCAAAAUGCAUUUUUAGUUUUUUUUUUUAAUUCAAAUGUAUUUAAGAAAAUAUAUUAAUACUAGAGAGGGUACAAUUUUGGGGGAAAUUGUAGGGUGUGCUUGCUUGCGUCGGUUGCAGGUGCAAGUUUUCUCUUCUAGUGAUAUUUUCAAGCAUUUAGCCUACUCAUAUUGCAUAAUUCAUUAAGAAUCCCCUUUCAAACAAGCUAUUGUAACAAUGUUGUCACCAGCAGUAUUUCAGAUGGAAUCGCGAUUCAAACAGUACCAUCUGCUAACUGAAAAUAUGCCCCCAAAAACUUAAAUAAGCUUGACAUUUAUUUCGGGGGAAAUGGCUAACGCGCAGGAAAUGAGAAUGUUUCUUUUGACAUAAAGUUUAGGCUGUGGCAUUGAAGCCAGCGACGCACCACACAAGCUUGAGUUUAAAUACAUUAUUUAAUGUGACAUUACUUACUGUACAUGCAAGUCUUGAUUUGCUUAAAUGUACAUGUGCUGCUAGUACACCACUGCACGAUACGAUACUCGCUGUGCAACAGCACAUCUAUGCACGAUGUAUCCAUGCGUCGUUGCUAACGUGUGCUGACGUUGUGACGUAGGCUAACACUGAGUUCCCUUUGUUGACACAAGGCACUUUUUGCCACAAAAACGUAAUUUCAGCCUGAACCGUGCAGCGGAACGUAAAUAAAAAUACAAGCAACUCAAUCGCUACCAAGACGAAACUUUUGACACCGACGUUGUUUAUGUAGUCCAAAUAUUGACGGAUGCUUAGGGGUCGGAAAAGAAACAAUAACAAAUAAAUAUAUAUGAGAGAGAACAAUGGUUGAGGCUUGAGCACACCCAAUAAACCUGAUUUAUAGUUGACUGGUGUGUGUGUUUAAUUUGUUUUCCGAAUAAAAUGGAACUGUUGAAGCAAGUUGUAGAACGUUAUUGGUUAAGAGCGUCUGCUAAAUGACUAAAUGUUAUUGGUAGCUAUGGUUGGUAGGGGUUCCGAAGACUCUGGGCGGCCUUUAGCCAGCUAACUGUGCUAGACUAGCUGCUUUUUAGCCAAUGUACUAACAUCGCCACAAUUAUGGCUAAACUUAGUAGACGUAGAGAUUCCUCUACUAGCCUGUCAUCUGGUAGCCUGGUCCUAACCAGACUCUCGUACAUUGCAUUUGUACAGAGUCUGUG